AUAAGACCUUUUUUGUUUCAGCUUUGCAAAUACUAGUUGUUUUUAAUGCAUUUCAAAAUGGCAUAAACAUAAUGUGUGUAAUAUAAACAUUAUCUUCAAGCAUGUUAUUAUUAUAUGAAUAUCAUCAAACAGAUCUGUCGAUAUAAUGCAAGCUUUUGCGUCUCUCUGGGAAUAAUAUGUGCAGAGGAGCGAGUCCAGUGUAUGAAAUCAUGCUGAUUAUUGAAUCAUUUUAAUUGAUAAGCUAGACAAUGUGCAUUUAAUAAAAUUGUGUAUCAGUUGUACAGCACAUGAUUUCCUCAGGCUCAGACACUUUAAUUGACUUCUUAUCUUAGACUUUGUAACUGGGUGCCAACGUGUAGCGUAUUCACGACCAGAGAGAGUGAGUUAUGACAGAAAAGUUUAUUAUUAUAGUUUUUUAAGUUAUUUAAUACUAUUUUAGCGACUCGAUGUUUAUUUAUUUAUUUAUUUAUUUUUAAAGCUUUGGAAUGUACACGGAGUUUGAGAAGCAUGGACAGACGCCCCCUAGCGGAUAAAUAAAUCCUCCAUCCACUACCUCGCCAUGGAUCUGUGGUGUAACCGAGUUAUAAUGAUAUUUACAAUGUUGUUGAUAUAUGGUCUAUCAAUAAGUGGUUGUUUUGAGAUGAAAACGAUAUAUUGCACAAUAGCUGACAGCUGUGACUGCGACUUUAAACCAAACAUACAAGGCUUGGAGUGGGACCUUUAUAAAAAUCUGUAUGGGCAGCAUCUGGUGCAGGACAUUGUGUCCGAGUCAGUGGCAAGCUUCCUGCAGAAGCCGAGUCCGGAAAGGCCGCUGGUUCUUUCCUUCCAUGGAGCAUCAGGCACUGGAAAGAGCAUGGUGAGCGCCAUGCUGGGCCGUCAUCUGUACGGUACCGCCAUGGGCAGCCCUUACAUCCAUCAGUACGUGCCCACACUGCACUUUCCGCUCACUGACCGCGUGGAGCAAUACAGGUCAGAUUUGAAGCACUGGGUACAGGGGAACCUCACAGCCUGUGCUCGCUCUGUCUUCAUCUUCGAUGAGAUGGAGAAGAUGCCUCCUGGAGUGAUUGAUGUUCUGGAACCGUUCCUCGGGCCUUCACACGUUGUUUUCCAGACCAACUACCGCAAAGCCAUCUAUAUUUUUAUUACUACGGCAGGUCAGGAAGUCAUUAACAAAGUGACCCUGGAGAACCGACAGGCAGGGCGAGACAGGGAGGAAAUUCAGGCAGAGCCACUGGAGGAGGCUAUUGCAGACGCUGUAUACAACAAUAAAUAUAGUGGAUUCUACCAUUCGAAAAUAAUCUCCGCAAAGAGAAUAACCCACUUUGUGCCCUUUCUGCCCUUGUGUCGGCGACACGUGGAGCGCUGUGCCCAGCGGGACCUGUGCCAGCGCGGCGAGUGCCAGCGCAAAGACGUGUCAGUGGCAGUAGGGGGCGCCAUGUCCUACACACCACAGGAUGGGCAACACUUCUCAAGCACCGGCUGCAAACUGGUACCUGCUAAAGUCAAUCUCUUCCUAUGAGCCAUGGGAGUGAUAGGAGUGGACAUAGCAGGAACAUCGGACCAGCUGGUGUUCAUCUGUGCCAGUGCGCAGGAGCAGAUUUUGCUUUUAUAAGGACACUGCUUCUGCAUGAACAGGCCCAAAAAUCCGAAGUACAGCUCCGAAGACCGAAUCUAAGAUAAGUUUACAGAAACUAAUAAAAUGCUGACCUUCAGGGGAUCAAUCAGUUUAUAAAGAUGCAGGACCUUGCGGGCGAGGAUUGCUUCUAUGAAACAGGAAGUAUUUCUGUGUGUACUAAACACAGAAAGCAUUUCUGCUGUGAUCAUUGUAAGAGAACAGAUGCACAGAGCUGCAGUCAGCUGACUGGACAGAUUUGUUCAAUUAAAAGGGAAUUACUGUCCAACUGCUGACUCUACAACCUUUUAAGUAUUGUUUAUAAAUCAGAAAUAUUGGUGAAUUUAAUUAGUGAGAUUAUAGAAGGAAAAUGAUACCAAUCCAAAGUUUGGACAUACCUAUUAUCAAUCAUUUAUUUAUUAUUUUAUUACUUUUGUCUCAUUUUAGCAUGCUAGAAAAUUAUACAGUCACCAAAAAACUGUUUUAAGUUUUAUCUGUUCACCACUUUUGUGUUGGAUGGCAUGUCCAGUAUUUCAAAAUUUAAUUCAAAAACUUAUACACAGCCAUUAAUAGUGUGUAGCUAUUUGGAUAUAAAUUCACUUCAAUCAUAUGGCUACAGAUUCAUAAACAUGUAUUCAAUCAGUUUUGUGAAACUUUUGACUGAUACUGAAUGUGGCAAAUGAAAUACUGUCUUUUACAAUAAGUGCAAAUAUUCAUUUGUACUGCUCGAAAGUGAGAUGCCUCGGUUCUUCUUUUAUUGUGGAUUUUUAACUCGUGUAUAAAAAUGAAGAUUAUUGGAAUGUUAAUUCCUCAAAGCAUUGUGUGUUGUGGACCAUUGAGAAAAAAUACUCUUAUCUUAUUAGGCUAAACAGUCUGAAAUGUCGUGUGAAAUCGCUGGGCUUUCGAUCAGACGAGCCUCUGUCUCAGUGUGAACGCUGCGAUCAGCCACAUACUGUGUCAAAAAAUAUGUCUUGGGUAGGUAUGUAAACAAAGUACUAAUUUAGCCUCACAGUGCACGGUUUCAUGCCAAGCAUCUGAGAAGCUUUAGCAGUUCAAAUUGGGACUUCUAAUUCAACUGUGCUAUUUUUAUUCCUUAAAUGUACUGAUAAUACAAGCUGUCUUCCUUGAACACAGUACUGAACUGAACUCAAAAAUCGUUUUGAGUAAAUUGUGGUGUGUUUUUUUUGUUUUGUUUUUUUUUGUCAUCAUGGGCAGAAUUGGCGAAUGCUGUCAACGUGAUCACAUACAGUAUGUUCACUUGGUCCAUGUAAUUUACACUACCGCUCAAAAGUCUGGAGACACGCCACUGAAAUGUUUGUCAUGAUGUUAAAAACCUUUUGAUCUGAAGGUGUACGAUUAAAUGUUUGAAAUUGGUGUUGAAGACAAAAAUGUAAUCGUGCCAACAUAUUCAUUUCUUUCAUUAUAAAACGAACAUUUUAUUUACAAAAAAAUAUUUUUUGAAAUGGACGACUCAUUCGGACGAAAUAUUCGGAAAAGCAGCCAAUAAGAGUCCAGCAUGGGUGGGAAGUCCUUUAAUACUGUUUAAAAAGCAACUUGGGGAAAUUCCUCAAGAAAGCGGUUGAGAAAAUUCCAAGAAUACAUUUCUGGAAAUUCUAGUCAAAAAGGGCUUCUACUUUGAAGAUGCUAAAAUAUUAAAUUAUUUUAAUUUAUUUUGGAUGGGUUUUUUUAUCACAACAUAAUUCCCAUAGUUCCAUUUGUGUUACUCCAGAGUUUUGAUGACUAUUAUUAUUCUAAAAUAAUAAUAUUUUAGGGGGGGAAUAAAAGUAAAGAAUGAGUGUGUCUAAACUUUUGACCGGUAGUGUAUGUUGAUUUAUGCUGAUUUCUCUGUCAGGGCUACCGUGUUAUUUAUUUGAGCUGAUUUAAUGGGAGUUAACAAAGUGGAGAAAGAAAUAAUGUAAUGUGCCUGAAACAGAUUAAAACUUGAAAAUCUUUUUUGCCUA